GGUUUCUUUGUUUGGGAAAGACAAAGAAACCACUCAGAGGUCGGUUACAUUGACUUAUGGUCAUCCCCUUCCCUUCCCCGCAAACCGACGCUUAAUAUUUGUUUAGACUUGAGAUGGAAAGAAUAGAAUAACAGUUGAAAUUGAAAUCGCAAUGGUUUGGGAAAUUCUCCAUGCAAUAUUAACCAAAUCACUCACUCUCCUUGCCUGGCCUCCAUUUAGUUUGCUUUGUCCCCUGUACGCUUCUAUUAGGGCAAUGGAGAGUGAUUCCCACUCCAGCAAUCAGCAAUGUCUUGCUUUUUGGAUCCUGCUUUCCUUGUCUAUGAUCUUGGAAUGGGAACUUGCAGUGCUAUUUAACUGGCUUCCAUGGUGGCCACUUGUGAAAGCUACAGUGACUAUCUUCUUGUUGAUUCCGUAUUUUGGUGUUGCUCCAUACAUCUAUAAGUUCUUAAUUAAACACUAUUGUACUUGGGACAUUUGUUCAAGGACUUUAAACAUCACAAGACAGAAAACCGCACCUUUCGAAUUGGAUAAGGAUAGCAUAACACUUCUCCAAUCAAAUGAGGAUAGCAACCUUGUAGAGAUCUCUGACCAGGCAAUCAUUACAAGCCAAAUACAAGAGGAGAAACUCGUAGCAUAUCAGGGAGGAGAUGAUCUUGCUGAUUGUAACAAGACAGAAAGCAGUUUUACAAGACUAACUGGUAACAAGCAAGUCCAGAAGGAAUGGAGUUGCUCUCUGUGUCAUAUUAGCACUCCCAGUGAAAAGUGUUUAGUGGCACAUCUUAAAGGGAAGAAACACAAGGCUAAGGAAAAAGAACUUAGACUUGAGUUACAAGUUACAAAUAGCACAUACUUGUUAUCCCUUGCUCAGAAAAGACUAAAAGGAAUGGUUCUAUUGAGGAAUCUCAACCAAAUUGCAAACAUUCUGAGUCCAGUUUCCAGAUCCAUAAGAUGGUGUGAAUGGGCAAAGCCAAAGUUUGGAUGGACGAAAUUGAACACUGAUGGUUCAAUACAAAGAGAAAUUGCUAGUUUUGGUGGGUUGCUUCGUGAUUACAAGGGUGAACCGAUAUGCGGUUUUGUCUCUAAAGCUUCUCAAGGAGAUGUUUUCUUGGUUGAGCUUUGGGCCAUAUGGAGAGGCCUGGUUCUCGCGUCGGGUCUUGGUAUUAAAGCAAUAUGGGUUGAGUCAGACUCCAUGAGUGUUGUGAAGACUAUCAAUAAGAAACAACCUUCUUGUCUAAAAGCUCAAAGCUGUUUGAAACAAAUCUGGAAACUCUUAGAGAAGUUCGAUAAGUAUCUGAUUUCUCACUCGUGGCGCGAAACUAAUAGAGCAGCAGAUCAUCUUGCAAAGAUGGUUCUUUCAGGAAAUGAUGUGGUGUUGUGGCCUGCUGAUUUUCAACAUAGACUUUGGAAUAUCAUUAAAGAUGAUGCCAGGGGAAAGAAAUAUCUCAGACGGUGAUAUCUGAGUCUUAAUGAGGAUGCCAACUAAAUGGGGUUGGUGGCAAGGGUAAGAAAAGAAACCAAAUGAGAAAACCCAAGGUGGGAACUUAAGCUAUAGCUUCCAUUUGGAGGUCACUUGACAUGUCUCUUUUGUAGACACACCCCAUAUUUCAUGAUGGACCGUAAAUAGUUGCUACCUGUGCUAUGAACCAACAAUUUACAUUAUUUACCUGGGAGAUAACAAAUUUAACCUCUUUUUGGUUAGUGAUCUUAAGAUUCCUUAUUUGCUGAUGAUGUUGUGUGGCCAAAGUAUCCCUUAUAAUGACUUGGAGUUGGACAAUCCUCCACUACUAAGUUAGGUUUUGAGAUUAUAGCAUGUUUGUAUAAUUGUAUUAUGAUGCACAUGCUUUACUACAUAAACAACAUUAAGGCAUUGUAUGUGUAUGUUGUUGAUUGUUAAUAUGAAAGUCUCUUCCUUUCUCUGUUUC